AUGCUGGCCCUCAAGUCGAUGCGGCCUUCAUCUUACUUCCUCUCCAACGAACCCAAACCCACUGCCAAGGAGCUUCCACCCGAGAUCCUGGACAUCAUUGCAAGAUAUCUCUUCGACGAGGGUCUGGGUCAACUCGACAGCCUGCUCCCUUUUUCUUCUGUGUCUCAUCAGUUUCGGCAGUCCGCACUCCCUUUGCUCUUCAGUACUGCCUCCCACGUCGUCAGGGACCGCCUCGACCAAGGAGAAGGCGGCCUGCUUCGCCGGCUCGUCAACCACGCCCACCUUCUCUGUCACGUGCGCACUUUGCACCUCAGGAGGCCGGUCGACAUCAAGCGCUUCGUUCCCCCCAAAAAUCAAAAUGACGCAGACACCCUCACUCAGACUCACCGGGCCUUGGACUUGCAGGCCAUUCGCCGCAGCCUGCCCGCAAUGUCUCGUUUACAACAAAUUAGAUUGGACUGCUCUGCGGAUGUUGCUCAUCAUGUCUUAAAGAUGCUGCCACAAGAUCGGACCUAUGAAGUCAUCCUUGAUCGGGUCUACUCGUCUUCACAAUGGCCCAAUCUCAUUGAAGCCACCGUCGAUCUCGCAAUGAUUGCACCAUGCCACAAGGUCAGUCUCGGGGCAUUUGGUGACCCACCCACAAGAAAAACUAUGAACAGCCAGGCAGCCUACGACGUGAUGUCGAGGGCCAACGCAAUCGACCUUCACAUGGCUUGGUUGCUCUCACAGCAUAGACGCUCCGAAAAUCCAUCUCCGAACCCUGGCCAGUGCUCUUUCAUACAGAAUCUUGCCGCUUGGGAUGAGCUGCGACUUUUAGUACGACGAGCAGAUGAAACCGGGCAUCACUUUCUCCACGAUCUAGAUGCCAUCAUUCCGUGGGGAAAACUUAGACGAUUGUCUAUCAUUUGGGAGUACUCGGUUCCUAUGAAUCAGUUCAUCCAUGAUAUCUCGACCCACCUCACUCGACUCGAAGCACUACGUCUGCGUGCAGGCCACCGUAGAUUAUACCAUCCACUUUGCAAAUAUGAGGUUCCCAUAACGGGUCUAUACGCUGAUGCUCCCCCCGUGCCGGAAUUCGCAAUCAAUUUCGCCCGAAUGAAGUGCCUCCGUGAACUGGAAAUUGACGGCAUAUGCAAUCAUGUUCCGAUAUCUGGUUUAAUUGGUUCUGAGCUGAGAUGUUUCCGCCUCCACCGUGAGGACGCUGGGUGGUCAGUCUACAGCGUGGAGAGCCAGAGAACUCCAGCAGACAUUGCUAUGGCGGCAAAGAUGGCGCCCAAUCUGGAGAGGCUCGAACUAGACAUCGGCUAUAUCGAUAAUCUUUGGCAUCCUACCGCAAUCCCGGGUGUUGAUGUCGACGUCGAGCAGUACUCUUUUUUGGAUGCAAUUUCGAAAUUCCGCCGCUUGAAAUUUCUUCGUUUAUUUCCUCCCUUUGUACCCAAGAAUACUCUGCGUUUCAGCCCCAGGGCUCCCCAUUGCUUACCAGUAACGGAUGAUCAAGCGAUUCGACUGUUUGAGCACCUGCGAAGAAAAUGUCCGUCGCUGCAAAUGCUAUCACUGGCCGCAGUUCCGUCCUUUGUCGACAUCGACACCAUGUGCUGGGAAGUGAGGCGCAAGGGGGAGAAGACAAUCUUAACGACAAAACACCGAGAGCGCAACUAUCAACACCGGCAAGUGUGGAUUGGCCAACGAAGAUUGACUAGCGAGAUCAAAAGAUUCACU